ACAGGGCCGUUUGGCUCUGACUGGAUUGUCUAACAUAAAAUAAUCAGGGUGGGGAUUUGCAGGUUAAGAAAGCUUAGGGGUUUAAUGUCAUGACGUCACUUUAAUUAGCGGCCACUUUGAUCCCUUCAGCCUGUAAGCCACUAUUCUCUGGGAGCCUGUCGGAGGAGACCAGCACUGAUCUCUGCACUGGAGGAUGCACCUGUCUGAAGGAGGCCACUGAGAAGCUUCACUUUUCAUCUUGACAUCCCACAAGUAAUGAAUUUGUGAGCGGACGAGGAGAGAAGCGCACUUCAAAAUGGCAGACAAGGAUAGCGUGGAAAAGUACUUGGAGAAUAACCCACAGUUCGCCAAAGAGUAUUUUGACAAGAAUAUACGAUGCGAGGCCAUCGCCGCCGCUUUUGGCGAGAAACUCGACAUCAAAGAUCCGACCUCGUUCAAGGAUGUCAGCCAAAUCCAGGAGGCCAAAAUCAUCUUUGACAUGAUCACAGAAAUGCAUUCGCAGCCUAUUAUGGAAAAGGCCAUGCACAAGGUCCUGCAGAGGAUAUGUAUGCUGGUGAACGCCGACCGCUGCAGCUAUUUCAUACACCGAGCGAGAAAUGGCAUUCCUGAGCUCGCUACGUGUCUUUUCGAUGUCACCCCUACCUCGAAAUACGAGGCCAACCUGGUCAACCCUCAGUCUGAAAUUGUGUUCCCUACUGACAUGGGCAUAAUUGGUCAAAUAGCAACCACCAAAAAACCAGUUAAUGUUCCUGAUGUCAAACAGAAUCCCAGGUUCAGUGACUUUGUGGACAAGCAGACAGGAUACACCACUAAAAACAUGCUGGCUGCCCCCCUCAUGAGCGGCAAAGACGUACUUGGUGUGGUUAUGGCAAUAAACAAAGUAGGAGGAAAUGAAUUCUCCAAAGCAGACGAAGACCUCUUCACCAAGUACAUCACUUUCGGCACAAUCAUCGCCCUACAGCAUUACACUACAUACAUGUAUAAUGUGGAGUCUAGAAGAAGCCAGGUUCUUCUAUGGUCUGCGAGCAAAGUGUUUGAAGAGUUGACAGACAUUGAGCGACAGUUUCACAAGGCCCUGUACACCGUCAGGACCUACCUCCAGUGUGAGAGGUACUCUGUCGGCCUCCUGGACAUGACCAAAGAAAAGGAGUUCUACGAUGAGUGGCCGAUUAAAUUGGGAGAUGUGGAGCCAUACAAAGGCCCGAAGACACCUGAUGGCAGGGAAAUCAUCUUCUACAAGAUCAUUGAUUAUCUGCUAGAAAGCAAAGAAGAGAUCAAAGUCAUACCGACCCCUCCUGUUGACCACUGGGCACUUGUUAGCGGCCUCCCCACCUACGUGGCUGAAAAUGGCUUUAUUUGUAACAUGAUGAAUGUUGCUGCUGAUGAUUACUUCACAUUCCAGAAAGAAGCUGUGGACGAGUCGGGUUUCGUCAUCAAAAACGUCCUGUCCCUUCCCAUUGUGAACAAGAAAGAGGAGAUUGUGGGAAUUGCCACUUUCUUCAAUCGAAAAGACGGCAAGCCAUUCGACGAGCAGGAUGAACAAAUUACUGAAGCUCUAACACAGUUCUUAGGAUGGUCUGUACUGAAUUGUGACACAUAUGACAAACUGAACCGGAUGGAGUGGAAAAAAGAUAUUGCACAGGAAAUGGUCAUGUAUCAGACCAAAGCCACUCCAGCUGAAGUCCAACAGAUUCUGAACACCAAGGAGAAGUUUGACCAAAACCCUGAGGACUGCGAUCAGAAAGAAAUGUACAAACUCUUGAGAGCCACCAUUCCAGAAGCCAAAGACGUUGAUCUGCUAGAAUUUAGUUUUAGUGACUUUCCUCUCUCUGAGGUUGACCUUAUCAAAUGUGGCAUUCGCUGUUUCUUUGAACUCGGAGUGGUGGAGAAGUUUAAAGUGCCAGCAGAGGUCCUGACUAGAUGGAUGUACACCGUACGAAAGGGCUACAGAGAUAUCACUUACCAUAACUGGAGGCAUGGGUUUAAUGUGGGCCAGACCAUGUUCUGUCUUCUGCAAACCGGAAAGCUGAGAAGAUACUACACAGACCUUGAUGCCUUUGCGAUGGUAGCGGCUGCAUUCUGUCACGAUAUUGACCACAGGGGUACCAACAAUCUCUACCAGACAAAGAGCGGAUCGCCUCUGGCGAAGCUUCAUGGAUCCUCCAUCUUGGAAAGGCACCAUCUUGAAUACAGCAAGACACUGAUGGCAGAAGAGAAUGUUAAUAUUUUCCAAAGUCUGCAGAAACGCCAGUUUGAGACUGUCCAGCACUUGCAUGAUGUCUGCAUCAUUGCGACUGACCUGGCCUUGUAUUUCAAAAAAAGGACCAUGUUCCAGAAGAUUGUUGAUGCCACCGAACCAAUGAGUGAUGAGAAGGAAGCGGUCGCCUAUGUGGCCAACAAUCCCAUUAGGAAGGAAAUCAUUAUGGCAAUGAUGAUGACCGGUUGCGACUUGUCUGCCAUUACCAAACCAUGGGAAGUCCAGAGCAAAGUGGCUCUCAUGGUGGCAGCUGAAUUCUGGGAGCAGGGAGAUCUGGAAAGGACUGUGCUAGAUCAACAACCCAUUCCCAUGAUGGACAGAAACAAGUCGGAUGAACUUCCGAAGAUGCAGUGUGGUUUCAUUGACUUCGUGUGCUCGUUUGUAUACAAGGAAUUUUCAAGGUUCCACAAAGAGAUCACUCCUAUGUUUGAUGGCCUGAACAACAACAGGGUCCACUGGAAGGAACUGGCUGAUAUUUACCAAGCAAAAGUAGACGCUUUGGAGAACGAACGGAAGCGACUAGAAGAGGAGCAGGCUAAAAAAGCUGGUGGUGAGGAUGGAGGUGAGGGAGGAAAAUCCAAAACCUGCACCAUAUUUUAAACAUCAUCCACCAGAAAUUCAGAGCCACAGAGAAGUCUGGGCCAGCUGGCAAACAUGUAGAGGGAGGUGAAAUGUGCUCCUAGGAUCACUACAUUUUCACCAGCUUCCUCCAUUUUCUGUCUCAUUUCCUCGGACGUACCUUCUCCAAGUGAACACGUAGGCAUUCACCAGAAAUGGAAGAACUAUACCUGUCAGAUUCUCUUUCUGAUGGGGUGCCAGCCUAGAGCACCAGCUAAUUUUCACAAUAUAGACAAUUUCAUGCUUGUUCCUAAUCGUUGAUUUCACCUUGACUGUACCUUUUCACAUAUAAAACUACAUUGGAGGAAGUAAUGCAUAUGCAACUACUACAUUUGCCACACAGUGGUGGCCAAAACACAACUCUAUACAAAUGUUCAAUGUGCUAUAGUUCAAAGAGCUGACUUUGAGUAUGGCUUUUGAGUCCAUAACAGUUCUGGCAUUAUGAAUUAGAGCAAUAACUUUUUUUUUUUUGACAGUAACUAAUUUAUCAAAAUAGCAUAAUUCUCAAAUGAUUCCUGAAUCAUUUUGUGUUUAGCUUCUCUGUAAAAUGAUCUUAGAAGCUUCCAAUUAGAUUUGUCUUCUUUUCAUGAAUUCACUCCCAUUUAAAGGUGAAGUGUGUAUUUUCUGUGCUACCAAAUGGGAUUUUUUAACAAGUUUCCUGAACACACCCCCAAUAUGUAAUUGGUUAAACAAACAGAUAGCCCUGCCCCCAAACAAACUCCAAUGGUGUUGCUGUCGCCAGGCUGUUUAUUGUUUUGAUGGCGCCUUUUUUGCGUUAAAUUAACUUACAAAUGGCUCGCUUAUAGCUUUCUCUGUAUAUUUAACAGGGGGGAAAGUAUUUUAACAUCCCAUAAAACUAUACACUUCACCUUUAAACUACUGAAAAACAUUUGAAUACAUAUCAGUUGCUUUGUUUAGAGUUGAAGGACCAACUCGUCUGAAUAAGCUUUUAGAAAAUGGCUGAUGGCUUAUUAGCAAAAGCUUUGCAAAAAGCACAAAGAUCUCAUGCUACAAGUCUUUUACACCGAGUUGCUCAAAGGGGCGAUGGCACUGCUAAUGCUAAACAUCUCUUGAUUUGCAGCGUUAACCACUCGUCGCAUUUGCGUUUGCUUGUCGCAGUUGCAUUUGGAUGGAUACGAUACAGGACGUUCGAAUUCUUAAAAGAUGCAAACACUUUUCUACUUUUUUGUUCUUUAAGGAAGAUGAAGCUGUCAAUGGAUUAUGUAUUUGGGAACGUUUCAGCUGUGGAGAAACAUUUAUGACCAGAACUUUGAUGUUUGUUCUUUAAUCAUUUAAUGAUACCUAUAAGCAUUGCACAUAGUUUUUAACCAUAAUGUAUUAUCGAAAGUAUAACAUUGAGUGUAUUACAUAGAAUAUCAAUUGAUAACAUAGAGAUAUUUGUUUAUACCAAACGUAUUCUAAGUUGUAUUCUAUGGAGACACGAGGCACAAGAUGUCAGGGAAUAUUUAAAGAAAGUACAUCAUAUGCUGUAACAAGGCAAGAGGGAACGGCCAGUUCUUGAACCUAUAAGGGGAUUUGAAGUGAGUUUGAUGGGGGAGCAGCUCCUGAGAUUCACUCAGUUUUAAUCUUUAAAUACCAUGCUUAUUUAAAGCAGACUGCUGAAGCCUCUAGAUACCUCCUCUGGCAGAAGGCACUAACCCAAUUUGUAAGGUCAAAGUCUCCUUUUUUCUGAUCUUUUGAGAAUUUGAUGACAGCGCUAACAUUUGAACUAGUGAACGAACUGUUCAAAAAUAGGUCAUUAUGCUCUGCUUUAGGAAAAGUACUAGGCCCCGAUUUGACCAACCAAACAAAUGUAUAUAGCCUCUAUAAAAUGACCACUGAAGAGAUGUAGUAAAUGUACUAACAAAAAAAUACAAUUCUUAUGCAACAUCCGCUUGUUAGAAAAAUCAGUUAAGGCCUUUAAUCCAAUAACAGGGGCCACGGCGGUCUAAAUAACUUCACUGGAACUACUGACUGCACUUAAAUGUCAAACCCUCUAAAUCCAGAUCAGACAGAAGAGGCCAAAAGUGAGUAAAUCUCAUCUCAGGUUUAUGGUUUGUACACUUUGUUAGGCUUGUGUAUAAAAUCUUUUGGAGUGAGCAUGGAACUGAUAUCCGAUCCUCUUAUUUACUGAAUACUACCGCACAUAUAAGAUACUGUAAAUUAUGUCAUGUGAACAAAUAAACACAUUAUUCAGAG